AUGGGUUCGACAUUCUCAACAUCUAUUAAACAAUCUGCUGAUAUAUCGGGAGCUAAUAAUAAUGUCUGGAUGAUCAAUGGUGCGAAAUUUAAUAUUUCAUUGAUGUCUGGUCAGACAAUUCAAGGCACAAUCAAAAUAUUUCAAGAUGUCGUCAUAAACAAUAAUCCAGUUAUUAUCAUUAAUAUUAUGCUGAGUACCAAAACCUUGAUUCAACAACAUGUCAAAGAAGGAGGUAAUGCUAAAAUUAUUCUUGGCGACACGGCUUUAUCCAAAGCGGCUGAUACACCUGUUCAAACAGCAUUGAAAGCAGCUGGUAAAGCCAUCGAUAGUGGAAGCGAUCUAAUAGCCGUACCAGCACUCUGGUUGAAAGAUAUGCAAAAAAAUUGGCUUAUAUACAUGAUUCUUCCUGCUAUUGUUUUAUUAACAAUUGCAUUUUUAUAUUGUGCGGUUCGUUCUUAUUUCAUGCGCAGGGGAAACAACUCGUCUAUGGGUAAUCUUAUCGAACUUGCCUCAGUGAUCGCCAACAAAAAUUCGGCAUUACAAACACAAUUGCCAUUAUCAGGAACGAAAUUAUCAUCGGCUUCACCAUCAACAGUUGUAGAUUUGGGAGUUUAA